UGACUCUCCUUCCCAAAUUGUCCCUUUAUAAAAGAAAGAAGGGACACUUCGCAGGACUAAAUAUCCUUCACAGAGCUUUCACUCCCAGACAUCUGAACAUGAUGUCUUUCACCAGAAAGAGCAAUCCGAUGAAGCCAUUUCCGACCUCAUUCUCCCUCUUCAAUGUCUUCCUCUUCCUCAGCCUCCUCCUCCUCCUCGGUGGUUCGACCACCCGGGCCGGCCCGAUCAAGACUGUGGUGGUCCUGGUCAUGGAGAACCGGUCCUUCGACCACAUGCUUGGGUGGAUGAAGAAGCUCAACCCGGAGAUCAACGGGGUGGACGGGUCCGAAUCCAAUCCGCUCAACGCCACCGACCCGAAUUCGAGCAGGAUUUUCUUCAAGGACGGGUCGCAGUACGUGGACCCGGAUCCUGGGCACUCGUUCCAGGCCAUCCGGGAGCAGAUCUUCGGGUCCAACAACACGUCCGCUGACCCGCCCCCCAUGAAUGGCUUCGCCCAGCAGGCCCUCUCCAUGUCCACCGACAUGGUCCAGGACGUCAUGAAAGGGUUCGACCCUAGCAUGGUCGCGGUCUAUCGCACACUCGUAUCCGAAUUCGCCGUCUUCGACAGGUGGUUCGCGUCGGUCCCGUCAUCGACGCAGCCGAACAGGCUGUUCGUCCACUCAGGGACGUCCGGCGGCGCGACGAGCAACAUUCCGGCGCUGCUCGCGAUGGGCUACCCGCAGAGGACGAUAUUCGAGAACAUCGAGGACGCUGGGCUCUCCUUCGGGAUAUACUACCAGAACAUUCCGGCGACCCUGUUCUACCGCAACCUCCGGAAGAUCAAGUACGUGACGAAGUUCCGGCCCUACGGCCUCUUCUUCAAGGCGCACGCCGCCGCCGGGAAGCUCCCCAGCUACACCGUCGUUGAGCAGCGCUACAUGGACAGCAAGCUCGAGCCCGCCAACGACGAUCACCCGUCUCACGACGUUUAUCACGGGCAGAUGUUCGUGAAGGAGGUUUAUGAGACGUUGAGGGCUAGCCCGCAGUGGAACGAGACCCUCCUCGUGAUCACCUACGACGAGCAUGGCGGGUUCUUCGAUCACGUGGCGACUCCGGUUCAUGGUGUCCCGAGCCCUGAUGGGAUCGUGGGGCCCGAGCCGUUCUUCUUCCGGUUUGACCGGUUGGGUGUUCGAGUCCCGACCAUAGUGGUUUCACCAUGGAUAGAGAAGGGAACGGUUGUUCAUGGGCCAAAUGGGUCGCCAUAUCCGACGUCGGAGUAUGAGCACUCCUCGAUUCCAGCCACAGUCAAGAAGCUCUUCAACCUCAGCUCACCUUUCCUCACAAAGCGGGAUGCGUGGGCAGGGACCUUCGAAGGGAUUGUGCAGAAGCUUGCUGAGCCUCGAACUGACUGCCCAGAGAAACUCCCAACUCCGGUCAAAAUCAGGGAAGCAGAGGCCAAGGAAGAAGCGAAGCUGAGUGAAUUCCAGCAGGAGAUGCUGCAGCUCGCGGCAGUUUUAAAAGGUGAUAAUAUCUUCACAAGCUAUCCCGAGAAGCUCGGAAAGGAUAUGACUGUCAAGGAAGGCAAGAAAUACAUGGAGGAUGCAGUGAAGAGCUUCUUCGAGGCCGGGGCUUAUGCCAAGAAAAUGGGAGUUGACGGGGAUCAGACCGUCAAGAUGAGGCCAUCCCUCACCAGCAGACCAUCGAAACAUUGAAAAUAAAUAAAGCCGAUCCGACCCCUGAUAAAGAGAGAGCGAUGGUGGUACUUGAAAUGUAAUUAUAGACACAAAAUGUUUAUAUGCGAAAAGUGGUAUAAGAAAGAUAUGUUGAAGUCCGUCGUUGCUAUUCACCAUCAAAAUUUGAAUCAUGGAGUUACAUUAUGAAAUGAAAGUCUGUCACUCCAAUGAUAAAA